UAAACAUCAAAAAAAAUAUUUUUUUAAACAAUACUCACAAAAUAAUUCUCAAAAAAUGGUUUAUCUGGAAGCAUCUCCGCCAGAUCUACGUCAUGAAUACUCCUUCCUGUUUAAUCAAAAUUCGUUAUCGUUUCUUGCUGAUUUGAUCGCGACUUUUGAAGCAGAUUACGAUAAGAUUCUCCAAGAACGACAAAAUCGCGCCGUUACAGUGAGCCAAGGAGAUUUCAAGCCAAUUUUCAAAAAUCGUCACAUUUUGUCGGAUUGGAAAAUUAACGAAUUGCCUAAAAAACUUCAAAAUCGAAAGUUAGAUCUUGGCGAUUGCGCGCCUUCGGACAAGCAACACUUGGUAAAUGCCUUAAAUGCCGACGUUCAAGGUGUUCAAUUGGAUUUCGAUGAUGGGUUUUGUCCGACAUGGGAGAACAUCAUUCAAGGAAUUUACAAUAUUUCGCAAGCGGCGAGGUCAAAAUUGCCCGGAAUGCAAAAAACGAUUGAAAAAUGUCCCGUUUUGAUGAUGAGACCACGAGCUUUUAACAUGAUCGAACAUCAUUGCAUGAUUCGCGGAAGAAAAGUUCCCGGAGCGUUAUUUGACUUCGCCUUGCUGAUGCAUCAUAACGGAAAAUUGUUGAGCGAAAUGGGAGUUGGACCGUAUUUUUAUCUUUCCAAGAUCGAAAGUGCAGAAGAAGCCGCUUUAUGGAACAAAAUCUUCAUUUGGACCCAAGAUAAGUUAAACAUCCCUCAAGGAACCAUCAAAGCAUGCAUCUUGAUCGAAAAUAUCUUGGCAGCAUUCGAAAUGGAAGACAUCUUAUACGCCAUUAAGGACCAUGCGAUCGGCUUAAAUUGCGGAAUUUGGGAUUAUUCGGCGAGUAUCAUCCAAAAAUUCGGUCACAACGAGGAAUAUUUGAUACCAGACCGCAACAAAUAUGUCAACGUUGGAAAAACUUUCUUGAAAAAUUACAUGAAACUCGUUGUUCGGGUGUGUCACGAUCACGGAGCUUUGGCAACGGGAGGAAUGGUAGCGAAAUUAUUGCCAAAAGAUACAAAAACUGAACAUUAUCAAAACGUGAAAAAAGCAAUUCAAGAUGGAAAAGCAAGUGAAAUUCAGUUAGGAGUUGAUGGAUUUUUAGUGUUCGAUAUGAGAGCUGUUGAAGCUUUGAAGGAGUUAUGGGAUCAACAUACGACGAAGGAAAAUCAAGUACAUGUCUUACCAAAUAUUGCUCAAGUGACGCCGGAGAGUCUUUUGAAGGUGCCUAAAGGAGUUGUUACGAUCGAAGGACUUAGACACAACUUGAACGUUUCCCUCCUCUUCAUCUACCACUGGCUCCUCGGAAAAGGCACAUUCAUCUACAACCAGUCCGUCGAGGAUUCCGCAACUGCUGAAAUCAGUCGUUGUCAACUCUGGCAAUGGCUUCGACACAAAGUCCCCAUCGAAAACUACGAAAAUCAACUUGUCAUCUACCCUUGGCUCAUGAAAGAACUCCAAAACGAAGUCUACCGCGCCUCAAAACGCUACUGCAAACUUUAUAUUCACAAAAAACUCAUAAUGAUAGCGAAAAGUUUCCUAAUUGAGAUCAUCACGAGUCGACAUCCGCCUGAAUUUAUCACAACUUACCUAAAUGACAUCCUCCACAGCAAGCUAGGACAUCGAUUAAUCGGAAAAUUAUAAAAUUUCGUUGAUUUUCAGCCUAUUCUAACGCUAAAAAAGCAAUUUUUUAUUGUCUAUCUAAUAAAAAUUUCGC